AUGGAAUGCAAUUCCCCACAACAACAGCCACAGCGUCGAAAUAAGCGAUCUAGAUCAGGGUGCAACACAUGCAGAGCUCGUAAGGUAAAAUGUGACGAGCGACCGGACGGCUGCGGCAACUGCGAGAGGCUUCAGUUAGAGUGUUCUGGAUACGGGCGUUCAGCGAUUCGGCACUCAGAUGCCCAUACCAGGGCAAGGCGGAUGUACCGAUCCUGCUCCGACUGCCGACUGGGAAGGGCUAAGUGCUCUGGUGAACGGCCAGCAUGCUCCAGAUGCCGAGAAAAGAAUCUUCAGUGCCAGUAUGGGGAAAACGCUGAGCCCGUGUGGCCACGACGGUUGACAAGCACGGUUGAUCCACCUGAGAGACCAAGUUCUGCGCCGCCGGAAAAUGAAGCACAGACUCCGUAUUUGGCAUGGUUGACAUCUUCUGACCUCCCCGAGAAAGCUAGGGUGGCAGUCCUGGUCGAUAACUACUUUGCUCAUGUUCACCCCAUUCGCUGUUUCGCUUUUCUUCAUAAGCCCUCAUUUCUCCGCAGAGUUGACGAAGAACUGGCUUCGGAGGGACAAACGGCUCUGCUUCACGUUGUAUGCGCCCUAGGUGCUCAGUUCUAUGCCCUAGAAUGGGGCGCCACUAGCCAGAAGUUAUCACCAAAAUUCAUACUGAGGGCCGGCUCUCGCUGGGCAGAUACUGCUUACAGUAUGGUCCUAAAGGAUCUGGACAAGAUCUCCAUCGACAACCUCAUGGCCUCACAACUACUAUACGACCACGCAUUACGAGUGGGCACCUUUGCUCAAGCGUUCAUGCUGGGAGGGAUCACUGCGCGCAUGGCCCAGGCACUGCAAAUCAACCUUGAGUUUUCUACCGACAUUCUCUGUUUGGAACCUGGCCUUUCCAUUUCUGCGAGGGAAGCGCGUCGUCGGUUAAUGUGGAGCUGUUUUGUGACCGAUGCGCUGCUCGGAAGUGGAGUUGAUCAGCUUAUGCUAAUUGAAGAAAGGGACAUCAAAAUACAGCUGCCGUGCAAUGAGCGGCGAUUCCUCCAAGAGGCGCCGUGUGUUACGCGGACACUCGACGGUACGGUUCUUGGGUUUCUUCGACCGGAAAUUACCCCGGUAGACCCAGACGAGAACAUGGGAAUCAUGGCGUAUUUUAUCCAGCAUAUACGAAUUCGAAAGCAGGUCCUCCGUUACAUAAAGCACCUCGAUAAAGCCAUGUCUCCGUGGCUCCCGAACUCGGAAUUCGCCAUUCUAGACAAGGCAUGUUGGGACUGGUACAACUCGUUACCGGAGAACCUACACUUCACCGCACCCGCCAUCUACGCACGCAAAGCCUCAUCGCAGCUGGGAGCGUUGGUGCUUCUGCACUGUGCCCAUCACCAAACACUGUGUGAUUUAUACCGACUAGGAGCUCCAGCUUUAUUUAAGCUGCGCUCAGCUAUCGAAUUUCCCCCAGAGCAAAGCGAGUAUCUCGAGAAGAUGCGAUCAGACUUGUACAAGGCAGCUAAAAGUCUGGCGACGAUUAUCGCCGAGGCUGAGCGGCAUGGGCCGCAUAAUCUGUCAGACACCUGGCUCCCGACCGUUACUUAUGACAGCUCACGCAUUAUGUUGUACUAUCUUACCCAGCUAAUCGACCCCCGUGAACAAAACAGUAAAGACUUGGUUGUCCAAACCAUUCCUUAUUUGCAGAGCAAUAUAAGGGCCUUACGAGCCAUGGAAUCAUUGAAUGCUGUGUCUGGGCGUCUGGCCGACCUUGCAGAAACAAUGUCGAGACUUCUAGGAUCGGAGGCUGAAAUAGCUAGCGGUAGAAAUAUAGUCCCGGAUGACUUUUACUCCUUGGAUUUGGAAGACACUGGGCGGCAGACUCCUGCAGGAGUUCCCGCUCAAAGUGCACCUGACUACGUUCUCAACCCCCUCACCAUUUACCGCAUGGCGCGUAGAACGAUACCGGAACGACAUGCUCCAGAGCGUAUUGCAUCAUCGGCUACGGGUGGUUCUGCACAAGCGACUGACAUAUCUCCACCGAUGCUGACUGGAGCCGACGAGUUGAUGCUCUUCACAUCUGACCUGGGAUGGACGUGGCAGCCAGCCGAAACAGCCAUGGACUCUGGGCUUGAGCACACGGGCCUACACCCCUGGGUAGGUGGUGCGCAGCUGCACAGCGACAGACAGGAGCAACGUGGUUCAUGGGGGCAUCAAUUUCCAUUUCUCUCAUAA